CAUUUUUCCCUGUGUAGUUUAUACAGGGUAUCCAUAAAGUCACUUUACACAGAUUUUGUAUUUUCUGGAUAAUGACUCUCAAUACAAUAUGCUUGGAUAUAUACAGGCUCAAACAUAGAUGGGUCUCUAUGGUUAUAUCAAGGUUAUGGUCUGAUUAAAUAUUUAAUGUUGAAGGUGAAAUGAUCAUAUGGGUCAAGAUCGUUUCUAGGUUGAAGUAAUGAUACUAGGUCAAGGUCACUUGAAAGAUACACAUUUGAAUCCCUGACAACAAAUACAACCAUAUGCAUAUUAAGGUAAUCAAAGGCCAAGGUCACAUUGAGAUGUCAAGGCCAUCUGAAAGGUCAGUUUAUAGUUGUUGUUUUUGUUAUCUCUUUGUCCCUUGCUGGUCUAAGGAGGUUUUGCCAACAAAUACUCACUUUCAUGAGUAGUAAUUUAUUUUAGAUACAGUAAAACCUGUCUUAAAAAUUGUUCCACGUUGGAGGAACCUGGCUUGCUAAGUUAACAUGGGUCACUGAGUUGAUUUGGAUUUGAGUUAACCUGAGUCACUGAGUUGAUUUGGAUUUGAGUUAACUUGGGUCACUGUGUUGAUUCGAGUCUGACUGGGUCCAGCUUAACAAGGACCUUGUGUCUCAUCAGUUAUUUUUGGAUCUUCUUUUGUUUUCCGGCUACAUCUGCAUAUCAAUCUGGCUAAUACUCUACGGAAUUGUUUUGAGAAAACAAAAUAUAUAGUGAAGUUUAUCGCUGAGUUUAAAGCCACGAGGGUUGUACCUACAGAGUAAAAGAAUCUUCUCGCAGUCUGAUCUGGAACUUUGAUCCCCCAGUUGUGUAGUGUGUAGACCACGCUGAUAGCAAAUGCAGGGAACUGGCAGAGCAGAAAUACCAGCACGAUAGUUGAUAACAUAAUCGUAGUACGUCUCUCUUUGGUUGUCGACUUAUUUUCUUUAUAUUUGUUCAUUGUUUUUGAUGGACUACAUGCUUUACGUAUUGUGACUAUGAUUCGUAGAUUGAGGAUAACUAGUGUUAUGGCAGGAAUUAUAAAAUUGAUUGAAUAAAAAAGAAAUGUGAUGUACACCAACGAGUAAAUACGUCCAUUGAGUGCCAUAUAUGCUGAGUAUCCACCAGUCACCUCCAGAUUUCCUGUACAUAGGUCCCACUCAACUGGGAUUUUAUCAAAGAACUUAGGAAUAUUAAAACCUGUUGCAAAUACCAAUGUGGAGCUUGCUAACUUCCUAACUCUUGUGAUCGUACACCAUUUCUUAACACUGAAUGGGUAACAGAUAGCGAUGUAGCGUUCAAUUGUUAUACACACAACACACAGUACAGCCCAGAGUCUAGUUAUUGAAGAAAAUGUCCAGUUAAAUCUAUACCAAUGGGCAUAUUUACCAAAAAAUGGAUCAAUAUUAGUAUAAUCCCAUGUUGUCCGUAAUGUUGAGCUUAUAAAGGCGCUAAUGAGACAGAAUGUAUCUGAAGUACAUAAUGUCUGGAGUAGUAUCUUUGUGGUCUUUCCUGUGAUACAUCCCUUCUGUAGUACUACUAUAGAGGUGAUGUUCCCUGCUAUUCCAAGUAUACAUAUGAUUCCUACUACAUACACGUCCAUUAUAAUACGAAAUGUGAUAAGUCCUGAUGUGGGAAGAGGCGUUGGUGGUGGACAUGUUACAUUUGUUGUUUGGAUAUCAGUUAGUACAUGCUCAGUUUGUGUCAGUGUGUCUUUGAUUGUUGACAUCAAUGUGUCUAAAGUUGUUGACAUUAAUGUGUCUGUGGUUGUUGAUGUGUCCAUAGUUGUUGAUAUCAAUGUUUCUGUUGUUGUUGACAUCAAUGAAUCUUUGGCUGUUGACAUCAAAGUGUUUGUGAUUGUUGGCAUCAAUGUGUCUGCAGUUGUUGAAACCAUCGAUGUGUCUGCUGUCAUUGACAUCAAUGAGACUGCGGCUGUUGAAGCUAAAUCCUUUGUGAUUGUUGGCAUUAAUGUUUCUGCAGUCGUUGGUAUCAAUGUGUCUGCUGUUAUUGACAUCAUUGACAUGUCUGCAGUUGUUGGUAUCAAUGUGUCUGUGGCUGUUGAGAUCAAAGUGUUUGUAAUUGAUGACACCAAUGUGUCUGCAGUUGUUGGUAUCAAUGUGUCUGCUGUUGUUGACAUCAUUGACGUGUCUGCAGUUGUUGGUAUCAAUGAGUCUGUGGCUGUUGACUUCAAAGUGUUUGUGAUUGUUGACAUCAGUGUGUCUGUAGUUGUUGAUAUUAGUGUGUCUGCUGUUGAUGACAUCAUUGACGUGUCUGCAGUUGUUGGUAUCAAUGAGUCUGUGGCUGUUGACUUCAAAGUGUUUGUGAUUGUUGACAUCAGUGUGUCUGUAGUUGUUGAUAUUAGCGUGUCUGCUGUUGACAUCAUAAAUGUGUCUGCAGUUGUUGACAUUAAUGUGUGGUUGUUGACAUCGGCAUGUCUUCUGUUGUUGACAUCAUUGUGUCUGCAGUUAUUGACAUUGAUUCAUCUGAAUGUUUUUCAUGAAUAUAUCUGUAUGAGUGUCGGUCACAUUCUUGUUAUACCCCACAUUUUUCAGUUAUUUUAUAUUUACUUCCUAUCACUUAUAACACUUCAUUUUUGUGUUAUUUGAAACUUUAGAGUAUGUCUUUGUUUAAAAUGUACACUAUCAUAUAAUACUAUUAUAUACUAACCAAGAAAGGCUUUAUUGGCUCAACAAAUUGUGAUUCAUUUCCUACUUAUCCGAUUAUGUUUUAUGCAACAUGCUUUGUUAUAUUUCUGUUACAUUGUACAGUUUAUACAUGAUACCCUUGGAUUAAGCAUAAAUUUAUGGUGUUCU